AUGAAUAUAAAUACGAUUUCAUCAACAAAAAAUGAUUUUCAGCAAAUAACAACAAAUAAGAAUUCAAAUCAGCUUUGGUGUAAUUUAUGUCAACGAAAAUUUUGUUCAUUAAGUGCAUUAUAUCAACAUGGCAAACGUUUAUCACAUUUAAAACGUGCAAUGAAAAUUUCAUCUUCUCGUUGUACAACAAUAACUAAUGGAAAAAUUACAAGUUGUAUACAAAGAAAUAAACCAUCAAGUACACCAAUAUCAAUUAUUCGUAUUCCUUCACCGCCGCCGCCUCCUCUUCCUUCUUCUUCUGUUCUUCCACAAAUUGAAUCAAUAACAAAAAAUCAAAUUAUUAUUCGUAAAAAUCGACAUGAACACGAUAAUUCUAUAAGUUAUACUUGUAAUCUAUGUAGUUGUCGAUGUUGGUCAAUACGUAAUAUACGUCGUCAUAUACGUCUUCAUGCUGAUGUUCGUCCAUAUACAUGUAAUAUAUGUCAGUUAAAGUUUAAAUCAUAUAGUAAUUUAAUGAAACAUUUUAAAACUAAUCGACAUCAACAAAAUAAAGAAAUUAAUGAAAAAAAUUGGACAAUUGAUACACAAGCACUUGAAGAACAAAAUAAAUUAAUUAAUCAAGUAUUAAUUGUUGAUGAUGAUAAUCAAGUAGAAGAACGCAAACGUUCAAAUGAAUUAUCAUCUUCAAUAGAUGAAUCGAAUAAUCUACUUGAAGAUUUACAUAUACCUGAUAGUCGUUUAAUUGAUGGUGAUGCUGCUGAACUUGCUCUGAUUGAUCCAAAUACAUUUGAAGAACUCCAUAAAGCAGCUGAAUGUUUACUUAAUUUACAAGGAGCAUUUUAUUUUGGUGAAGAUGAAAAUGGAACUGAAAAAUCAAAUCCGCUUCUUUCGACUUAA